AUGGUGUUUAUUAAAGAGGAGAGUGAAGACAUGAAGAUUGAAGAAACAUUCAGAGUCAAACAUGAAGAUACUGAGACACAAACAGACCUAAUGGCACUGAAAGAGGAGAGGGAAGGACUGAAUGAAACUGAAGAGAAAGAUCAGUAUGAGAAUCUUCAUGAUUUUACAACCGGAGAAAAGUCUUUUUGUUCCUUACAGUCUGAAAAUACUUCCACACGAAAAAGAGCUCAAAAGACAGGAACUAAGAGUUAUUUCACUUGCUCUCAUUGUGGAAAGGGUUUCAGUCAACAAGGAAACCUCAAAGUCCACCUGAAAAUUCACACUGGAGAGAAGCCUUUCAUCUGCAAACAGUGUGGAAGCAGUUUCACUCAAAAAGGAAACCUCAAAGUCCACCUGAAAAUUCACACUGGAGAGAAGUCUUUCAUCUGCAAACAGUGUGGAAACCGUUUCGCUCAAAAAGGAAACCUUAACAAGCACAUGAGAGUUCACACUGGAGAGAAGUCUUUCACAUGCUGUCAGUGUGGAAAGAGUUUCGGUCAUCCUGGAAACCUUAAAAACCACAUGAAAAUUCACACUGGAGAGAAGCCUUACAUCUGCAAACCGUGUGGAAGAAGUUUCAGUAAUCCUGGAAACCUUAGAGUCCACAUGAGAGUUCACACGGGAGAGAAGUCUUUCACCUGCAAACAGUGUGGAAAAAGUUUCAGCGGAAAAUUAAAACUGAAAUACCACAUGAAAGUUCACACUGGAAACAAACCCUUCACCUGCCAUCUGUGUGGGAAAAGUUUCAAGCAAAAAGGAUACCUUAAUGCCCACAGGCGAAUUCACACUUUGGAGAGACUUUUUCCCUGCCAACAGUGUGGAAACAAUUUCACUUAUAAAAGAAGCCUUAACAGGCACAUGAAAAUUCACAAUAGAGAGAAGCCUGACAGAUCCCCUCUGUGUGGAAAGAGUUCCAAUCAAAAUGUAUAA